AUGGUACUUAGAAUUCUACAAUAUUUCAUGAACCACCAAAAAUUGGUAGAUCAAUUGGCGGAAUCGAGUUUUAUGAAAAAAAUUGCUCGGUUCGUUGUUCAUAAAGCAAUUCGUGCGAAAUCAUUGACGGAAGAUAUGAAAUCUGAACAAUUAGAAAAAACGCUGAAAAACAUCACCGAAAAGCUUAAAGACACCAAGGACAAGCUUGACGUUGUACCACAAGUUAUAUGA